AUGAAGAAGUCCCUGUUCAACAAACCAGCAUGGGCUGCGAAGGCAUCAGCCAAAGUGGAUGACAACCGCUCAAUCUUUCAGCAAAAUGUCUACGAGGAUAUACUCGAGGCGAACAGAAGGAAGGAAGAGAAACGACGAGCAAGACAGAAGGAGAAGGACGAACAGCGCAGUAAAAGCGCCAGUCGAGACACCAAAAGAGAUGUUGAUGAACAGCCAGUCAAGAAGCAACGCAUCUCUACAACGCCGGUUGACCUCGAUGGUGAUGGUGGAUCUGAGUUCUGGAGAUCAGGUUCUGGUUCGGAAUCAGACACGAGCACGCAUAGCGCAGGAAGUCGUCGGCACAAGAAGGACAACACGUCUCCUACGAACCACUCUAUAGCAUUCCAAAAGACGCUCGGAAACGAAACGAUCCCAACCAAUCAUUCUAGCAAAUCAGCGGACAAGACUGCUACCAACGCGUCAAUACCUUUGGACGAUGACGAUGAAAUAGUAAUUAUAGCGACAGAGCCUGCACCACGGUCUCAAGCAACGAAGCAACAACUUCCAGAGCCUGACUCUGAUUCCGAGGAAGACGAGUACUUGAGGAACCUCAAGAGUGCAGCUCGCGCAGAAGCGAGAAAGAAAGACGUGCAGGUAUCACAACAGCAGGGGACAUCUGAGGCAGGAUCAGCUCUGCAAACUGAUUCGCCACACGGGACAGACUAUACUUCCAACAGGGACACAUCUGUACCAUUGGCGAGUACUGUUCUUGACCCUGAAGUGCAGAUCCGCAUCAAGACUAUCAUACCUGGCUGUGACGAAAUAUACAUCAAGCGUCGUGCUUCGCAGCCGCUUGACAUGGUGCUCGAAGCCUUUAUUAAACAACAUGAUCUCAGACCUCAAAUUGCGCAAAAGGUCUUUUUUACGUGGAACGGCACUCGGCUUUUUAGGAGCACAACCAUGCGCAGCAUUCUCGCACAGAUCAAAAACAAGUAUGGCACUAAGAAAGACGGUAGCGACAUUGCCGAUGGAAAGAUCGAGAUAGAAGCAGUAACAGACGAGAUUUUCGAACUCAGACAACAGCAAAAAGAGCGAGAAAGAAAGAGGCUCGAGAAUGAAGACUAUCCUCUAGAUCACGAACAGGCCAAUCCUGGCACUCCGGACCCUACCACCGCAAGUCACCAGGCUGACGCACAACAGUCCGCGACCCGUGGUCCAGGGACGGUAAUACAGUUAAGGUCAAACGACGAACGGUCUCUGCCUUCGAUGCACUUGAGAGUACGUAGUGAUACCAAAGUAGAGAAGAUCAUCAGAGGCUACAAGAAGAGAAUGGGCGUUGAUCCGUCGAUCAAUAUCUAUCUGGUUUUUGAUGGUGAUAAGCUGGAGGACGACCAGAUAGUCGAAAACAUUGGCUUCGAGGACGGUGAUAGUGUUGAUAUCAGGUCUAAGUGA